AUGCCGCUUACUCGAGUGGAAGUUUGUAACGGUUCAACGACUUCCUUCUGGUAUGACAAGUGGUCUCAGUUGGGGGUGAUCAAUUUAACUGGUGAAAGGGGUUGUAUAGAUCUUGGGGUCUCGAUACACGCUAUGGUGGAGAGGGCGGUCCAAUCUUACCGAAGAAGAAGGCACAUAACUACUGUCCUGCUGCAAAUUGAGCAAGAGAUUUUGAGGCUCAGAGCUCUAGGCCUCAGCCAGCAGGAUGAUAUGGCUCUUUGGAAACGGGAGAAUGAUGUAUUCCAACAAGGUUUCGAGUCUUCCCAAACGUGGAACCUGAUCAGAGCGCAAUCACCUCAUGUUCCAUGGUUCAAAGGGAUCUCGUUUAAAGAAGCUACUCUCAAGUUUUCCUUCCUCACGUGGUUAGCUGUACACAACAGACUAUCAACUGGGGAUAGGAUUCUCAAGUGGAACCCUCAAGCUUUCUCUAUCUGUUGGCUGUGCAAAACAGCUACUGAAACGAGAGACCAUUUAUUUUUUGAUUUCUCUUUCUCCAAGGAAGUUUGGAUUGUAACAAUCAGAGGCCUGGCAGGUGUAGGUGUACCGGCCCAAUGGUCUGUCCUAUUGCAAAGACUGGUGACUGGUCUACAAGAUAGUACCAAAACUUCCUCUUCCGCUACUGACAGCCCAUGCUAUUUGGCAUGA